CCAGGAAGCAGAUUUCAGAUUAACAGUGUACCUUGAACCAUAACCUUCUGUACCAGUGAGUGCAAAGGUUGAUAGCGAUCUCGUCUUUUGUUCAUUGAUUUCAGUAAAACUCAUUAGUAUCUAUCUUAUUAAUCUACCGACAUUUGAAACAUAUAUACCAAUUCACCAAAUUAUUGUUGUCGACCCCAUGAAACUAGAUUUUCAUAACAGUGGCAGCCAUGAUGGGAAAAGCUUUAUUAUUAUUGGUCAUUGCUUUCGUCUACUCUGUGGGAGUGGCCAGACAUGACAAUGACAUGAAAGAACCCAGAACCGACCGUUACUCUUUGGACGACCGAUGCGUUAGCGCUAUCCAGCGACAGAUCAAUGAAGAAAUGCAUGCUAGUUUGGUGUACAUGAAUAUGGCAGCUCAUUUUGGCAGUAAUUCUGUUGGUAGGAAAGGAUUCAGCACAUUCUUCAAGCACAGCUCUGAUGAAGAACGAGAGCAUGCACAAAAACUUAUCGAUUACAUUAACAAACGAAGUGGGAAAGUUAUUGCUUUGGACAUAAAGAUGCCAAAUAAAGACACUUGGGAGAAUGGAAUGGAAGCGCUGGAAGAUGCUUUGAAUAUGGAGAAGCAUGUUAACAACAAGCUGCACCAUAUUCAUCACAUGGCUGAUAGAUUAUGUAAUGAUCCACACAUGAUGGACUUCAUUGAAGGAGAGUUUCUCACUGAACAAGUGAUCUCCAUUAAUGAACUGAAGACCUACACCAGUCAGCUUGGCGCUAUGAAUGAUGGGAUGGGAGAGUACCUGUUUGAUCGUCAGUUGCUGGAAAAGAGCGACUAAGUAAGCGGCAAAUAAACAUAGUCCAAUAUUAGCUCAUUAGUGACUAGUUCUUUAGUGUACCUUUUAUAACAUUUCUUGAUAUUCACUGUAAUUUACCUUGUAGAACAAAUAAUCACUUUUACGAA